AGGGAGUAAUGGGCAAGAAUGAAUACAUCUGCUCCCCUGGCCCUUCAGUAGGUCUUGUCUUUCUGGUGGUAAAGGUAACAUAAUCCACCAGGGCUCCUGUCCUCAACUUGACCCCCUGAGGGAGUUCACAGGGGUUUCUUUGGAAUCAAAAGCAGAACAGAACUGGAAGCAGUACUAUGAUUCCCCACCCUAUGGUCUGUCCUCAUGGGCAUUGUUUGACCAUUCUACUCUAAGAAACACUUUCUUGCAUUCUAUCACCUUUCUACUCUUUUUUUCAUAUACUGCUAUUCUGCAAGGACUUCAUCCCACCAGAUCAAGGCAAGCCCUGCAUUUUAACAUCAGAUUUGUCCCUCCCUGCUUUACUUCUGGAUCACUAACAUAUGGUCCUCUACCAUGCCUAGCUUUCUCAGUGGUCAUUGUUCUUACUUUCCUUAUUGGAUCCCAUUGGUUCAACUCCUCCCAAUUUAUCUAGUCCACUAUUUCAGGUACUGGGGUUACUCUUGGGGCAUCAGCAACAUUAACACUACCAUCCAGGGCCUACUGUCUGAUCUGAACAGCUCAUACUUGGAUCCUCUCCAUCACUGACAUCUCAGUCUCCUUAAUUCAGUUUACUACUAGAGGAAGGCACAGAUGAAACAGGCCUAAUCCACCACAGAUUAAUGCUGUUUAUCUUUAACAUGGGCCUCAAGUACUUCUCUCUUUCCUUCUCCUGCUCACUGCAUAAUAAUAAUGAUUUUUAGGGUGUCACCUCUUAACUAAAUUUUCCCUCCUAGAUUCUCCUUUAAUACGUCACUUUACCUAUAUCCAAGAGAGAUUGGAAUGAACUAACCAUUUCUUUCAGAAGUCAACUCAAGGGGGCAGCUGGGUAGAUCAGUGGAUUGAGAGCCAGGCCUAGAGAUAGGAGGUCCUAGGUUCAAAUUUGACCUCAGACACUUCCUAGCUAUGUGACCCUGGGCAAGUCACUUAACCCCCAUUGCCUAGCCCUUACCACUCUUCUGCCUUGGAACCAAUACAUGGUAUUGAUUGCAAGACAGAAGGUAAGGGUUUAAAAAAAGAUUUAAAAAAAGUCAACUAAAGCACCACUCUCUCCAGGAGAUCUUUUCUGAUCCCCACGGCUUCUAUUGUCUCCCCACUGAAAUUGCUUUAUAAUUGUUUUCUGCACAUUUUGUAUAUUUUAUAUGUUUGUGUUGUUUUCUCUUAAAGAAUGUAAGCUCCUAAAGGGACAAGGAUUGUUUCAUUUUGGUCUCUGUGCCAUCAGUGCUCAGCAGUGUCUCACAUAUAUAUGGUAGGCACUUAUGAACUUACUGAUUGUUUCAUAACAACAGACAACAUUUAAAUGGCAAUUUUAAGGUAUGCAAAGUGCUGUACAUAUGUUAUUUCAUUUUAGACUCUCAACAGUGCUGUGAGGGAGGUACUAUUAUUAAUCCCAUCUUAAGAGAUGAGGAAACAGGUUUUUCCCCCUGAGAACCUUGUCCUGAGAGGGUGACUUGUCUAGGACCAUACAGUCUUAGGCAGGAUUGGAAUCCAAAUCUUACUGAUACCAAGCCCAGCACUUUCCACUGUGCAACUAAGGUGCCUUUAACUCCAACUCUCUCCCCUCCAAAUAUAAACCAAAGUACAAGUAACUAAACUUCUUUUUUUUUCAUUUUUUUUAUUAAUAUAUUUUAUUUGAUAAUUUCCAAGCAUUAUUCGUUAAAGACAUAGAUCAUUUUCUUUUCCUCCCCACCACCCCCCAUAGCCGACUCGUAAGUCCACUGGGCAUUAGAUGUUUAACUAAACUUCUUAUAUCCAAUCUGAUCCCAAAUUCUAUUGAUUCUUCCUUGGAAAUGUUUCAGAUUCAUCUCUGUUUUUCCAACUCCAAAGCCUCACAUCACCUCACAUCAUCUAUCCUAUGCAGGCCAUUGGACUAGUGUCAAAUGACACUUUGAAAUCCCAUCAUUCUCCUCUAAAAUCUUCAAUGACAGACACCCUAAUGUUUUUAGGAUAAACUCCUGAUUCCAGCAUUCAAGGCUCUCCACAUUGGAUCAAUCCCCUACUAUUCUUCCCCAAUACCUCCCAUAAAACCCUUAUCUUCUGUCUUAGAAUAGAUACUAAACAUCAGUUCCAACGCAGAAAACAGGUAUGGGCUAGACAAUUGAGGUUAAGUGACUUGUCCAGGGAAGUAUCUGAGGCCAAAUUUGAACCCAGGACCUCUUGGUCUCCAGGCCUGGCUCUCUAUCCACUGGGCCUAUAGCUGCCCCUAUCUCCUACCAUUCUUUUAGGUGAGUCUGUUCCUCAUUCAGAGACCAUAGGAUUGCUGCUUCUGUAGACUAAAAGUUUACAGAGAAUUUGGUCCUUAAUAAAAAAAAAAUCCUUAUCGUCCAUCUUGGAAUCAAUAUUGUGUAUUGGUUCCAAAGCAGAAGAGGAGUAAGGGCUAGGCAAUGGGGGUUAAGUGACUUGCCCAGGGUCACACAGCUGGGAAGUAUCUGAGGCUUUUUUAACCUAGGCCCUCCUAACUCCAGGUCUGAUGCUCUAUCCAUUUUGUAACCUAGCAGCCCCCAUCCUAAUUGUUUUUUAUGCCUUUUCCAACCUCAGAUGCCUAUCUUUUCCCCUUUUUAAAUUCUAUCCAUCAUUUGAGGCCCAGACCGAAUGUCAUACUUCUAGGAAGCCUUCCCCCAUACCACUAUAACAUCUUCAUCUCGAAUAGAGGAAGGAGGCCUUGGAUGAUCUGGGGCUCAGAGCAGUUAUGGGGAGACUAAUCCAAUGCCCUCAUUUGAUAAACGAAGAAACCAAGACCCAGGGGGUAAACCAAUGUGGCUAGGGCCAUCCGUGGCAUCUAGGACUAUGGGGAGCUACCUCAUCUGCAUAAUCCUCCGGCCCAAAUUCCCGGCAGAAUCUGGGGUCCGCAUCCUAAGGCGGGGGCUCGGAUGGGGCAGGCUGGAGGGAGAGAGGGGGAGCGCAGUCAAGGGCCCCUCGAGCUCAGGCCCUGCCCCCGCCGUGCCCAUGCUCCCACCCCCGCCCCAAAUUACUCCUCCCCUCCUUAGGACCCUUCCUUUCCCCCUUUCCACCAACUCCCCCCUCUCCUGGCCCCGCCCCCACUGCUCAGUAGCGGAAACCGGAGGUAAAUAAUUCAGAAGACGGAGAACAGAGUAGGAGAAGGUGGUCUCCACGUGAGAGCCGGCGGGAAGAGGGAAAUCAGUCCUCCACAAUCUGGCUUUCCCUUCCCUCCGCCCUUCCCCCGCACCCCGCGCCCCCUCACCAACAUGCAAGCGCCUGUCACUCUUUCGAACUGGCGCCAUCUCCCGCUUCUAGUACCCCGGAAGCAGAACAAGGGAAUCACUCGCUUCUAAAACCCAGACCAAGACUGGGUGGGGCGAGGCGAAACCAACAGCGUCAUCCUCGGGCACGCAGGCGCAAGCGCAGGCUCAGCGAGUCAGGAGCUACAAAGGGCGCCGGCUGCGGCGCACCUAGUCGGCCGUCUUAGUGGGGAGCUGGGAGAGUGAAGCGAGGCACGUGACGUGGACAGCCAUCGUGAUAACGGGGCAGAGGGCACAGGUUACGGUCCACCUGUGUGGCCAUCUUUAUUGGGGGCAGAAAGGAGCCUGGGGAUCUCCUGGGUGGCCAUUUUAGUUCAUGGCAGGAGGAAUCCCGGGGAGGUAGAGAACGGGCUGCGGAGGUCGGCGCUGAUCCCGGUCACGUGAUGCGUGACCGUUGAUUUCCCCUCUAUCACGUGGCCCUCUAAUCAACUUCCGGGAGCUUUGGGACCCAGUCGCCGUAAGUGAGGGCUGGGGGGUUGGAGCAGUCACUUGCCCCCCCCCCCUCGAGAAUAAUGGCGGGGUGGGCUCUGAGGCCGUCGCGGUGCGGGUACGGUGGGGUCUUUGACAGGCGCUGGACCUGUUUCUGGCUGGGUGUCGAUUGCUAGACUAGCAGCCAACCUGUCCUCACUCCAGCCCCCCGGGCCCGACUUCGCUGUGGCUAUGUCAAGGAUGUCCAGGUCUGGGGCCUUUCUCCCCCCGCUGUGGCCGCAGCCUCCUGGGGAGCCGGGGGCUUCCGGAGAGAAGGCGGGGCCAGGUGGUGUUUGGCAUGACAGCAAAUUCGAGCCGGGACCACUAUGGCCUCCCAGAGGUCAGCUGUGGUGGGCCCGGGCCAUUCAGGGGCAGGAUGGGACGAGCAAAGAGGGAGAAGAGACAGACUUGGUGGAAUGGGCCGGGAGAGGAGCGGACCGGGCUUCCUUCUCUGGACCUCGCAUGCCUUCGUCCCUGCAGCUGCUCCGAGCAGUCCUGCUGCGGCUUCAGAGGGAGCGGGAGCAGCUCCUCUUAGCCCGAGACUGUGUUCGGUCCCUUCAAACCACUUUGUGCUUCUUGAAAGCCCCUCAGCCUUUUGCUGCCCUGCCCCAGCUAUGCUGGGAGCUGCUUCCACACAGUUGUCAUGGGACUAUCCUGCACUUUAGGGCCUUCAGUGAUCCCCAGUUUCGAUCUCUGGCACUUCCCCUUGGUUUAGCAAUACAGAGGCUGGACGUGGCUAUUGAAGAGCAGCUUAAGGUCUUGGGCCAGGCUUCUCCCAGUCCUGCCCUGGUGUCCCAGAUCAGUGAACUCCUUCAAGUUCUGCCUGCCUACCACCAGGUACUGGCAGUGGCCUUGGAGAGUGUCCCCAGAGCAGCCCAGCCCUUUCCACCUAGUCGUGUGCUCAGACUCUUGGCCAGGGAGCGUGGCAAACAAGGAGCAGAGAGGCUCUGGACAGGUCUACAGGAGUCCAAGCUUCAGACCCAGCUACAUAAGCUUUGCCGGGAAGAACGAGAGCUGCUUCCUGGAUUGUUGGGCCUGCUGGGAGACACAGGGGCUCCUGGAAGUGGCUCCCGGGGAUUGGGAGGGUCCCGGCAGCUCUGGGGCCAGUACUGGAGCCUUUUCUGGGCAGCAUGUUCUCAGAAUCUUGGCCAGAGACUGGGACCUUGGGAGGACAUUCAGAUGACUGUGCAGGACCUGAGACAGGCACUAGGUCAGACAUCCCUGCCACAGGAAUGUGAGAAGGAGCUGACUUCCCUGUGCUACUGUUUGCUCCGACAGGCACUGACCCAGACAUGGGACCGAGGUUUUUGCCGAGCCUUGGCAUCUGCUCGUGGGGAUCAAAGAGUUAUGCCCACAUCCUGGGAUGGGAUUCCCUGCAUGCACACUACUGACCUCCUUCAACAGCUCUUUCGUUCUCUUAUUUCUGCACUUAGAGAACCAGGGCCAGCUUCCUGCCAAUUUCCUGCCCUAGGGCCAGAGCCACCCCCCCUAGCCCUUGGGCUUUGCACUCUUCAGGCCACCACCCUCUGGCUUCUUAGCAAAUCUCAACAGCAUCUGGCCUCGUGGGCCCCAGGACCUCUUCUGCUGCUGACCCAGAGGGAACUGCCUCUUCUACUCUGUGAGGCAGAGUCCCUGGCAGCCCUAGUUUCUGAAGGGGCAUCUGUACUAGAACUAGACCGUCAGCUGGGAAGAGAGAUUCGAAGACUGACCACUCGGAUCCAGGUCCUGCCUGAGGAAUCUCUGUGUCUCUUCUCCCGAGAAUGUUGGCGACAAGCAGCUAAGGGCUUCCAGCUCCAUAUGCCCCAGGGACGUCACUGGAGGCUCAGGCUUCGAUCUGAAUUCCCCAGCAUCCCCAGUGACUAUGCAGAAUUGGUAGUGGGAGCUGUCCUGGGGCCUGUGCUGCAGGGGGUACAGGGAUUUCCCCCCCAGGCCCAAGGGCCCCCACUCACACAGGCCCUGACUGCACUUCUUGACGCCUGGCUCAACCACAUUCUCACUCAGAGGAUCCGGUUCAGUCUGCAGGGAGCACUGCAGCUGAGGCAGGAUUUUGCAGUGGUUCGGGGUAUGCUGGAGGAGGAGCAGUGGGGUCUGGCCCCUGAACUUCGGCAGGUUUUGCUCACACUCGGUGUCUUCCAGCGGGUGGAUGGAGCCCUGUUGUGUCUGCUGCAGCAGCCACUGCCUGGGAGCCGUACCUACAGAGGGUCCCCAUGCUGUUGUUCCUGUAAUAGGAUCCAGACCCCUGAACUACCCAGUAGCAGCCUCAACAGCCUAGAGAACCUAGAACCACCUCCCCUUCGUUCUGGGGUCACUCUUGUCCAGACAGCCCAACUUCUCAACACUCUUCGGGGUGGAGGACCCAGCCCUGAGGCUUACCUGGCAGGCAACCAGCAGGCCUGGCUAGCCCUUCGGCACCACCGAUCCCCCCGAUGGAAUCUGCCUGGAUUUCUUUGCAUGAGAACUAGUCCUGAACCCUGAUAACAGAAUCUGGAAACCGGGGAAAUACACAGGCCAGAAAAACAAGCCCCAAAGAGCCUAGAAGUCUCUUUGACAUCAGUCAGAACUAAAUGCAGAAGAGCUUAGAACCUGGAACCAGAGGAAGCUUGGAGCCCUGUGUCUGGAACCAGAGAAGCACCUAGAGGAGCUCAGCAUCCAGAAUCCACAUGAGCUCAGGGUCUGUAGCCAUAUACCAAGAACCUGGUACCCAAAUGAGUUUGACAUAUAGCUACCAAAAAAAUGGAGGAAUCCUGAACUCUACAAAUCCAGAGACAUUUGAGCCAGGGAAGCCUGGGCCUUGUGUGGGCCUAAAGAUUGAGAACCUCUUGCCCUAGACUAGAUAUAAAGAACUCUACAGCAACAGAAGGGGAGGAAUCAGGAAAUUUUGCAUAUGUAAGUACUUGCUGCUCCUAUCUUCUAACUCUUUCCCCAACAACUUCCCUCUUCCUGAUUUGACAAAACCAGACUUUCUCCCCUUGCCAGAAAAAAAGGUACUAUUUUCACAUCAGGAGACAUUUAUUAAGUA